AGGUCGGAGGGCGCAGCACACCAAUCAGAACGUCACGGCCUCCCUGGCAGAGCACGGCACAUCCUGGCUGCACUUCCAUCUGGGGAUCAGUAAGGAGGCACUCUACCCCCGGCACAGCCCAGCCGUGGAGCGGCUCCUCCGUGACCUGAGUCAUGUGACCAUCAUCGGUGCAGAUUACAGUCCUGAUGAGAAGGCGCUGAGCGGCGAGUGUGACUGCAGCCAGAACUUCCUCCUCCCAUCACUCUCAUCAUCCUCUGUCUGCAGUAUUCUAGACUUCCGGAGAGUUCCUCCUGUUGCCGGCCGAUUAGUCAAUGUGACCAGCGACAUCCUGGAGGUGACCAGCAAUGCUGACUUGGAGAGUGUCUUCUUCGUCUCUCCAGCAAACAAUGUGUGCUUCUUUGCCAAGUGUUUAUACAUGUGUAAGACUGAGUAUGCCGUGUGUGGGAGUCCGCACCUCAUGGAGGGAUCGCUCUCGGCAUUCUUGCCUUCCCUGGCAUUUGCCCCCCGUCUGUCUGUGCCGAGUCCCUGGAUCCGCUCCUACACAUUCACCGGGAAGGAGGAGUGGGAGGUCAAUCCAGCGUACUGCGACUCCAUCAAACAGCUGCCACCCUACAACAACCCUCAGAGGCUCCUCAGUGUCAUUGACAUGGCCAUCUUUGACUUCUUGAUAGGAAAUAUGGAUCGCCAUCACUACGAGAUAUUCACCAAGUUUGGAGAUGAUGGGUUCCUGCUGCACCUGGAUAACGCCAGAGGGUUUGGACGACAUUCACAUGAUGAGAUGACCAUCCUGGCUCCUCUGUACCAAUGCUGCAUGCUACAAGAGGACACGUGGCGGCGUCUAAUCCUAUUGGCUCGGCCUGAAUAUCGGCUGAGUGAUGUCAUGAGAGAGUCAUUAAGCCGUGAUGGGCUCAGCAUUGUUCUCACCGAGCCUCAUCUACGUGCCCUAGACAGGAGGCUGCAGACAGUCCUGAGGGUGGUCAGCCGGUGUACACAUGUACAUGGGGAAGAGGCGGUGCUUCAAAAGAAACCCCACCGGACCAUCACCACCCACCAACGCACAACAACCCUUCGCGGAGUCUGA